AUGUUCCAAUUUAGAACAAUUUACAAAUUUGCAAGCAAAACAGUUGAUACUGAGGCUCUAUUAAAGAAACUAUAGACAAAAUCUUUAAUAACACUAACAAGAGACAAUUAUUAAUUGAAUAUGGGAUUGAUGAUUCAAAGAGAUAUAAUAUUUCUUCAUUACACUGAAGAAGAAAUGAAAUUGAGAAAAUUCAGAUAUUAAUUAGGUAAGUAUAAAAGCAUAAUUUGUUAAUAGAAAAAAGAAAUAAUUAUAUAACUAAAUUGCCAAAAGAAUUACAUGAAUACACACAUUAUACAGGAGAUCAAAAUGUUUUUGGAGAUGAAACUCCAUCUCAUGUAAGAUUAGUUGGUGAUGUACGUUCAGUCUUUUUAGAAAAUAGCAAAUUUUUUAGGCAUUGUGGUAUAGAAAAUUAUUUAUUAAUAGAUCCAAAUGAAAUGAAUAAUAAGUUAAUUUAAUACAAUUCUUUACACACUGUUUAUCUAUUGGUUAAAUAAAAUGGAAUUUGGACUUUUCCAAAUAUUAAUAUAGAAGAUAAAGAAACCUUCAAAGAAACAUAAACCAAGUUAUUUGAAAAAAUGACAUAAAAUACUUGGCAAGUAAUUAAAUUUAAUUAUAUAGGUAUAUUAUUACAAUAGAGUACCAAGAUUAGUUACUGUUGAUUCUAAUUCUGAUGAAAAUGCUAAAAUUAAAGGAAUUAAGACUAUCUAUUUUUAAGCAAAACAUUUGUAAGGAAAAGUUUAGAUUUUUGGAUAUGAUGAUUGGGCUUGGGUUUCAAGAUUAGAAAUGAAUAAAUACUUAACAGAAUAAGCUUAUAAUAAAGUUAUUCAUGCUUUAGAUUUGUGA